UCCGUGGACGAUGACAGCUGCGCGCGGAGGGAGAGAGGCUCCGACUUCCUGCGCAGCGCACGAGCCGAGGCGCGCUGACAUUGGCGCACGUGCCCAGGAAGCGCGAGACGCGCAGGCGGCCCCGAGCUUAGACGGAGCGGAUGCUUCAGAGGACGCGGCUGCAGCCGGAGGACCGAGCGACGGUAGCUAAAUGCGGAGCGAGCGCAGCGGGCGGAGCCGCGCGCCCUGCCUCCUCCUGCCCCCCUGCCCCAGAUAGCAUCGGGAGAGCCGAGCCGAGCCGAACCGAACCGAGCCGAGCCGGCUCAAGUGCAGCUGAAACGCAGCGCCCCCGGGCCCAGGAGCAGCAGUCAGUCUUCGCAAUAUAAUAAUGCUCACUUUCGGCGGAUCGGGAAGCUAAUAAAUGUGCCUUUUAAAUCGGUAGCAGCGAUUCGAAGCAGCGGCGCCGUUAUUUACAUGAUCCGGCGCUUUGGGCUCCUGGAGGAGCUCGGAUGUAUCACUUAUGGCUGUUCUGAAGCUCGUCGAUCAGCCCCCACUGAUCCAGGCCAUUUUCAAUGGCGACCCAGAGGAGAUUCGCAUGCUGAUCUACAAGUCGGAGGACGUCAAUGCUCUGGAUGCGGAGAAGCGCACCCCUCUCCAUGCAGCGGCUUUCCUUGGUGAUGCCGAGAUCACGGAGCUGCUCAUCCUCUCAGGGGCACGCGUUAAUGCCAAAGACAACAUGUGGCUGACCCCUCUGCACCGGGCUGUGGCAUCGCGCAGCGAGGAGGCCGUGCGCGUGCUCAUCCGCCACUCGGCGGACGUGAACGCUCGUGACAAGAACUGGCAGACCCCACUUCACGUGGCGGCGGCAAACAAGGCCCUGCGCUGCGCCGAGGUCAUAAUCCCGCUGCUGAGCAGCGUCAAUGUGUCCGACCGGGGGGGGCGCACCGCCCUGCAUCACGCCGCCCUCAACGGGCACACCGAGAUGGUUCAGCUGCUUCUUUCUAAGGGGGCCAACAUCAAUGCCUUCGACAAGAAGGAUGGCCGGGCUCUGCACUGGGCAGCGUUCAUGGGCCACCUGGAGGUCGUGUGUCUGCUUGUGAGUCAGGGGGCAGAGAUCAGCUGCAAGGACAAGCGGGGAUACACCCCACUCCAUGCUGCAGCCUCCAACGGGCAGAUCGCUGUAGUCAAGCACCUACUGAACCUGGCAGUGGAGAUCGAUGAAGCCAAUGCCUUCGGGAACACGCCGCUGCACGUGGCCUGCUUCAACGGGCAGGACGCCGUGGUGAGCGAGCUCAUCGACUAUGGCGCCAGUGUCAGCCAGCCCAACAACAAAGGCUUCACGCCGCUGCACUUCGCCGCCGCCUCGACGCAUGGCGCACUCUGUCUCGAGUUCCUGGUCAACAGCGGUGCCGAUGUCAAUGUUCAGAGUCGAGACGGCAGGAGCCCCCUGCACAUGACGGCGAUUCAUGGGCGCUUCACUCGGUCCCAGACCCUCAUCCAGAACGGUGGGGAGAUAGACUGUAUGGAUAAGGACGGCAACACCCCUCUGCACAUCGCCGCGCGCUACGGCCACGAGCUGCUCAUCAACACGCUCAUGACCAGCGGGGCCGACUGCACCAGACGAGGGGUCCACGGCAUGUUUCCCCUGCACCUGGCUGCCCUCAACGCCCACGCGGACUGCUGCCGGAAGCUUCUUUCCUCAGGCUUCCAGGUGGACACCCCGGACAGUUUUGGAAGGACCUGCCUGCAUGCCGCAGCGGCGGGGGGCAACGUCGAGUGUGUGGAGCUCCUUCUGAGCGGCGGAGCCGAUCACAACCGGAGGGACAAGUGUGGCAGGACACCGCUGCACUACGCCGCUGCCAAUCGUCACUAUCAGUGCCUGAAGAUGCUGUUGUCCCGCGGGACGGUCAUUGAUGCCGCCGACCAGUGGGGGCGUUCUGCCCUGCACUAUGCUGCAGCCUCGGAUCUGGACAGGAGAAGGCGCCGUGAGGUGCUCGAGUCUGAGAGCGAGGGAGUACAAGCGGAGCGGGAGAAGGAGGCGGCACAGUGCCUGGAGUUCCUGCUGCGGAGUGGGGUGGGCGCUACCCUAAAGGACAAACUGGGAUACAGCGCCGUUCACUAUGCUGCUGCCUAUGGACACCGACUCUGCCUGGAGUUGCUCUUGGAGCAGGAGCAGGACCGGGAGCAGCCGGAUGAGCCCGAUGGACCCAGCACACGGAGCCCUCUCCACCUUGCGGCAUACUACGGUCACGCUCAGGCACUGGAAGUGCUGCUGCGUGGAGAGCAGGAGGUGGACCAGAGAGAUGAGGACGGAUACACUCCCCUAGCUCUGGCAUCCCUCAGGGGCCAUACAAACUGUGUCCACACCCUCCUGAGUCACGGAGCAUCUCCCAGGAGCCAAGAUUCCAGUCAGGGCCACACGCCAGUACACCUAGCAGUCAUGAAUGGACACACUUCCUGCUUGCGCCUCCUGCUGGACGAUUCUGACAGCGCGGACCUGGUGGACGCAACUGAUUCUCAGGGAAGGACGCCGUUAAUGCUAGCAGUGGCGGGGGGCCACGUGGACGCCGUGUCCGUGCUGCUGGAGCGCGAGGCUGCCGUGGACUUGACCGACGAGCUGGGGCUCACGGCGCUGCACCUGGGGCUGCUUUGUGGCCAGGAGGAGUGUGUGCAGAGCCUUCUGGAGCAGGAGGCCUCCGUGCUUCUCGGCGACUCUCGAGGACGCACCGCACUGCACUUCGCCUCCAUCAGGGGUCACGCAUCUUGGCUCAGCGAGCUGCUGAGCAUCGUGUACGCCGACCCCCCCGCAUCUCCGCUGACGGACGGCCUGGGCUAUACUCCGCUGCACUGGGCUUGUUACAACGGUCACGAUGGCUGUGUGGAGGUGCUGCUGGAACAGAAGAUUGGUCAGGGCUUUGAGGGGAACCCCUUCACCCCCCUUCACUGUGCUGUGAUAAAGGAGCACGAGUCGUGUGCCUCUCUGCUUCUGGAUGCUCUGGGCUCCGCUAUCGUGAGCUGCCGCGACGCCAAGGACAGGACUCCUUUGCACGCUGCAGCCUUCUCUGGACACGUGGACAGCCUGCAGCUGCUCCUGGCCCACGGGGCUUCGGUGGACGCGGUAGACGCGGCGGGCCGCACCCCACUGAUGACGGCGGUUGUGAGGGACAGCGCGGCGGCUGUGGAGCUUCUGCUGCAGCAGGGCAACGUCGAUCUGAGCCUGGCCGACCAGAAUGGGAACACAGCUCUGCACCUGGCCUGUGCUCAUGGCAAGGAGGAGUGUGCGCUGCUCAUCAUGGAGAAACUCGCAGACCCCGCCCUUCUCAACGCCACCAAUGGCACGCUUCACACCCCCCUCCAGCUGGCCGCCCGCACGGGGUUAAAACAGAUCGUGCAGGAGCUGCUGUCCCGCGGGGCCACUUCCCAGGCGGUCGACUCCAACGCUCCGCAGCCCACCCCCCUGGCGCCCUCCUGAGGGGACCACUGUGGCCAAGGAGAAACGCCACAGGGUCCCGAGCUGCGCGGGUGUCCUCAAGCGUCUCCGGAGAGGACGCCAUCGAGACCGACUCGGAGACGUUCUGACGCCUUUGCCCCCCCAUUGCCCCGUGAUGGUUCCGCCCUGUCGGUGGAUCUGUUUUUACCGCCUUGCAACAUGGACCAGGUGCCAAUAAGCAAACAGCCUCUCCUGCCUACAUAAUCUAAAAAUGUGAUUUUUUUUUCUUCUUCCACUGGAUGAGACGACCAUUUAAUUGACCGUUUAAGCCAUAACUUACUGUUUACAUCAAUGCAAAAGCUUAGGUUUUUUCUUUUUUUAAAGCACAAAAAAGCACAAAUAGAACUGCAGUUGACAACAACAGCUGCCAGUAACCAAGAUGUGCCAAAUGAACAUUUUAAAUCAGGCAGUGACACCAAACAAUUUUUUUCCCCAGUUAUUUUUGCUACUGCACUGCAUUCUUCUGAAAAGGGACAAAGUUCCUACCUUCUGCCUGUUCUGCAUUUUUUCCUUUUUGAAAAUUCAACUUUUUAUUCCUUUUUCUCUAGUUUGAGAUUACUUUGCAGAUGAGUUUCUUCACUUCGUUCUUUUUAAAAAGCAACUGUGGAAGAAGUGAAUGAGCAGUACAGGAAGGCGGACUGCGCUGAGCUCUUACCUUUGGAGGAACACAAGACAACUGCAUCACUGCUUAAGUUCCCAGUCGUUUUAAAAACUUUUUUUUAUGCUUUCACUGUCAAAGGAUCUUUGUCAUAAUAAUAGCAGGGCUGUGUUGAAUUCACAGCAAUCUAACGCACUUCAGUUUUAAUGUGAAAGAUGAAUAAUUGAUAUUUAAAAAAAAAAAAAAAAAAAACAUUAAACACCCCUGAUUUACCCA